ACAAUGUGUAGGUUGUAAUUAUGGAAAAUGUACACUUCUAGGUAAAAAGUACACCGGACAAUAAUAUAAACAUUUAUGGACGUAGAUAUUCCAACUAUCCCAAUUUCCCACACUAUAAGUAGAGAGCCAGAGAAAAAACAAAGGCAGAGAGACCGCAGAAAGAUUAUUAAGUCACUAAACCAAAAGAACAGAAGUAUUUCUUUUGUAGAUAAACUACUACUAAUGAAAGAUGAUGGUACAUAAUCAACGGCUGAGAGUUGACAUCACACCCAAGCCGAUGGGUUUGACCGGAAGUUCUUUGAUCACGGCGAGAUCCGUCGCAGUUCUUCUCUUUGUCUCUCUGCUUCUUCUGAUUCUGCCACCGUUCCUUCCACCGCUUCCACCUCCUCCAGCCACGCUCCUCCUGCUCCCUCUCCUCCUCAUGAUUCUCCUAAUUUUCUUGGCUUUUUCUCCUUCUAAUGAGCCUAGCCUCUCGGUAGAACCUCUUGACCCCUGAUGAGUGGGGUCGCCGACUUCCGCACCGACCGUACAGAUGUAUAUGCAUUUCACAAACAUGUAUAAAAGUGUCUAUAUAUAUAUGUAUGUACGGAGCAAAUUAAGGGCUUUUAGCUUCGUGUAAGUAAGAUCGUCUCAUGUGAUAGAUCUCGGACUUUUCUUUUAAAGUGCUCUAUAAAUGCAGUUUAUAUAUUUAUGUGCAAUUGUGCAUGUAUACAUUUCUGUUUAUCAGUCUCAUCUUUUUCGUAACUCAAUGUCUAUUCCCAUUUUUGUUAAAUACUGAACUUUUAAACUACCAAAUGAUGUAUGGAAAAAAACUAUUACAAUAUCAUGAUGUAUUUAAAAUUAUAAACUAAUUAAACAAAAAUUGGUGAAGUAUAGAGAGGGGUUAAAUACUACACUCGAUAUUAGAUCUGAACCAAUAUAUGACGAAAAUACCCGUUAAAUGAAAUAAGCCACUUGUUCAUAUGUAUUAAUACCUUUAUCAGCUACCCGCUUGUUUAUGAGUCCCUUGUUUAUCUACUAAACUCUGUUUUUAAAAUUGAAAACUAAUAUGAUUCUUUUUUAGUGGGUUUACUGUGGAACCCACACAGACACUGGACAACGGUGAAUCGCCCUUUGAUGUCUUUUUUUUUUAACACUGCACUUCGGUGUCCAGGAGACAGAUUAAAUUGGAUUUUCCAUUGGUUUAUUUGUCCUCGACACACAGUUACAUUUUUGUUCUUUUAAUAUGGUCACAAAGUCAUUAUCUUUCUUUAAGUUUUUUUUGUUUACAUGUUUUAGAUAUUUUAUUUCUCUUUGAAAUUCCAUGCUCGUUUUCUUGUUUUAACAAUCUGGUGUAUUUUUUUUGUCCGUAAUUUAGUGUAUUAAUUUAAUUAGUGCUUUAAUUUCUUUAUAUAAUAAGUAGUAUUGUUUUUUCUUAUAUUAUUUUUCAACUGUAUUUUUUUUAGAUUUUCAAUGCAAUAUUUAAACCAUGAUACAAAUUUAGUUCUGCUAAUUUUACCUUCUUCAUUUGAAAGAUAAUAUAAUAUAAUACAAUAUAAUAUUAUUGCUUUAAAGACAAUUUCAACUGUGGUAGAAUGAUAUCAAAUAAAUUUUCAGUUAAUUUUUUAAUCUGAGUACAAAAUUUUAGACAACACUUAAAAGUUAAAACCAAGUAGUAUACUAUUCUUAUCAGUACUUGAUUUAUCCCUUAGUCAUCAUAGACCUAGCAGGUAAAAAAAUCAAAACAUAAAAAUGCAGUUGUAUAUUAAUUUUGUCAAAAAUCAUUUUAUUUUAUGCCAUUACUUGUGGAAUUAAGAAUAAUAAUAUAUAGAAAAGUUAGUUAUAUUUGACUUAUAGGUACGGUGGCUAGCGAGUGAAAUAGUCAUAAGCUCAUGAUUAGAUGAAUUAUAGUGGCAUAAAAAUAGGUUGGAGAUGAGCAUUAUCGACGGUCUAAUGGUAUAUAUAUUUAACUUCAAGUAGAUUAAUUUAAAUAGAGGGAUGAUUGAUUUCAAAAAGUUCAUGCAUGCAUCUAUUCCCACACUGAAUUUCAGUUUUCCAACAAGUGGUUUAAUUAGUAAGAAAACAGUGUUAAAUGUAAUCCCAGUGUUUGGUGGUUCUGAUAAAUUGAGCGAUUAUAUUUUAUUGAUUUUAACAUUAAUAAAACUAAUCAUAUAUGUAAUUAAGUGUUUGCGUGUUUGCAUUGAAAAACAGUGCGAAGUACUGUACGAGUAUAAGAUGGAUGAGAAUCAUGAGAUAUGUUAAUAUGUUGUUAUCCAGGGAAAUAUAUAGUGUGGAUGAAGAUUUGAGACUUCGCACAGAACUAAAGGAGAUUUGACCAAAUUGAAAGGAGAAAAAAAGAAACAAAUGUAAUUAUAUAAUUAUAAAAUGAUUAAAGAUAAACGGUCUUCGCUUUGUCGAGUCUCUAUCUUUAGGCACAACAAAAAGCAAACGAGAAGGAAUUUCAUUUGUCCACAAAAAUCAGAUCCACUGCACCUAUACAUUCAAAUGAGAAUGAAUGAAUACGUAUACAUAUUCUGGUCCGUUUUUGUUUGUCUCGGUCGUAACCAUAUGAAUACAUUUGAAAAAAGGUCGGAUAAAUUGUGAAACGACGUUAAAUAAUGAUUACGUGAUUCAUAAUAUAACCCCUAAACAACCGAACGUGCUCGUUUUGACAACAAACUCAAAUGUUCCAAAAUAAGAAACUCAAAUAUUUUUUUUUGAAGACAAUUCAAAUAUUUAGAGCUCUUUAAUCAUGGGGUUCCAAAGUGUUACAUAUAGUUUUUGUUAAUAUACUGAGUUACUUAGAAAACAUAUAUUUUUCAUCUAGAGAAAGAUAUAGUUUUUGCAACGAGUAAAAGACAUUAAGUAUUGGUGGGAAAUGAUGAACCUAUGACUGAGAGAAACGAUAGAAAACCAAUAUAAAACACAAAAUAACAAUGUUAUAACUGGAUACAAAUACAUAUGAUAUGAAAAAAAAAUGGAAGCUAUUGUCAACAGAUAACUAAGGUCAUUUUCAACCCAAUGCCAAAAUGCCAUCAUAGUGUAAUUUGUUUACUAAAAUCUUUCCAAUCUAACUCUAAAAACAUCAUUUUUAUGUAAAUUUACAGUACCAUACCAAAUUGAUAUGUUAAUAUUCACAACACAAAAUACUAUUUAUUCACUUUUAUAAAUAUGCAUAUAUUUAAAUAGUUUAUUUUAUUUUGAUAUUAUUAUAUAUCAAAAUAGUAAAUAUUUAUUUUAAAAACAAAUAUGUGAGUCUGAUAUAUGUUGUGCAAUAUAAUUAUAUAUAUCAAGUAAGAUAAAAUUUCCUACUGAAUAAUAUAAAAAUCAAAAAUACAGUUUAGUGAAAAUUUUGGUAUUGUGGUUGAAGAAGAAAAAAAUUUGAUACUAAAGUUACAUUAAAAUAGUGUAGCUUUCACACCAAAAUGUUUUUAUGGAUUGAAGAUGCCCAUAUUUAUCUCUUUUCAUAAUUACUUUACAACACAUUUGUGAUCUUCAUAUAUACUAUGACUAAUUUACACCAUCAAUGAAACUCCAAAGUUCCCAUCGCAAGCAAAAUUAAGUUUUUACGAGCCAAUGCUCCUCCGUCUAUUAAAACUCUAGUUAAAAAUUCUCCCACGGACGCAAUCACUCAUACCCUCCUUUGUUAACCUUGUAAUAUUAAGUGUCAUUUAACACCAACUGGUUUCAAUGGAUAAAUUUGAUUGGAUCAUACGCAAAUGACGAAUAUUGAAGCAUAAGCACUCUCUUGGAUUAGACACACAAAUCCAGAUGGUAAUAUGGAAACGAGAAGAUUCAUACUAUCAGCAUCAUUAUUUUUUUAAUACCGAUUAAUUAUGUUAUUACAAACUAUAAAAAAUAUUACAUAAAAAAUUUAUAACAGAUAUUUUAAUUGUACUAUGAUAAUUCACAUCCAAUCAUUAUCAUUUAUCAUUUUGAUCUGUUUUACGAGAGAGAUUCAUGUCUAACAAUUUUACUUACAGUAUGUUGAAUAUCGCAUGAAAAUUUUUUUCUCCAUUAAUUUAUAUAAUUGAUUUUGUCUGAGAUUCGAAUCUUGGACUUCAUGGUAUAAAAAAUUAAUGAUUUUCAGUCAAACCACUAAACUAAGCUUCUGCACUUUUCAAAUAAUUAAAUCCCCUAGAAAAAUAUCUCUACGAUACCAUUUUAAUAAAUUUCUUGCAUAUAUAAUUUAAAAACACACAAAUGUAUAGUGGUGACUACAAUUUGUUUUUAGCCUUAAUAAGAGGUAAAAUAAGAAGUACAUUAAUUUGUGAAGUCACACUGAACAUAUAUGAUAUUUAAAAAAGAAUAAAAAUUAAGGGUUUUAUUUUUUCAUAAAAUGUAUUGAUGAGAUAAUAGUUAUAUCUACGAAUAAAAUAACAAUGUUUUGAUCUAGAAAAAUAUAGGUAAUUUAGAAAAAUGAAAUAUUGAUAAAAUUUAGAAAAAAUAAUAUAUUGAUAAAAUUAUUUUAAAAAAUAAAAUAUUAAUUAUAAAAACCAUGUAGUGACAUCAAAUAAAGUAAUACUAUAAGCAGCAUAUUAAGUUAAUAAAUUAGCCGUUGAAAAAAAAUGAAAACUGACGAUCGCAAUAAAUUAGGUUAAAUGUAUAUGGAAUAAGAAGAAAUAAAUACCCUUAGUACGACGUGAUUCAGAUUCAAAGUAUCAAGCACACUCUCUUCCCUAAAUUCACCAACCAUCCUUACCGUUUCAGUCAUCUAAAAGCACAUAAAUGGUAAAUCAUUUAAACCGCCACACUAAUACCUAGCUAGCAGCUAUGCAUGUCAAACAUCAGUCUAUUGUUUUUUGUCAACUUUGUAAACGUCAGUCUAUUUUUGUUUCUUAAUUUUGUUUUUCCAACAACCUAUAUAUUUUUUCACGAUUUGAUUUUUUUUUUUUUUUUUUUUUUUUUUUUUAACAGGAGGUUCAAAGGUGACCCGUAAUCCGCACGUGGUUUCCAUUUGCCCAAAGGCCCGUAAUCCGCACAUGGUUUCCGAUUGCCAACCAUCUAAUCCCCCUGGCCCGGAACCAGCCGGCACUAAUACCCAUUACCCAAGGACCCAGCACCAACGCCGCGAUAACUUUAAACUUGGGGAGGGCGUAAAGCAUUCCGUGGCCACAGGGGGUAUUCGAACCCGGGUCCGUAUUGGUGUGUUAACUACCUCAAGACCACUAGCCCACUUCACGAUUUGAUUUUACAAUCAUUUAUUUGUUAAUUGUCGACAUAAAAUGCCACAAACUGUAUUUCCGUUUCACAUUUUUUGUUAAUCAUUGAUUCAUUUCAAGUUCACACUACAUCCCAAAAAUAAUCGUUUCGAGAGAUUAGAUCGAGUUAGAUAAAAUACUACACCGAGUAAAAAAAUAAAUUUUAGUAAAAACUGAUACGUAAAUUGCCAAAAUGAAAUGAAAUUCUGAAAUGUAGUCACCACAUAAGGCAUAUAGGAAAUAAUUAAAUGGCUGCAUGUCAAUUUUAAGAUUGACAAAUGAUAUGAUACAGGCUGAUGGUGGUAGUGAAAUCUUCUAGCGGAUGUAUUCAACAAUAAGCAUGAGUUGAUUUGUAUUAAAAUGACAAAUUAACUGUUAUUCAAAUGUGAAUUUAAAAAAAAAACACUAUAGAAUUUACUGUAUUAGAUGUGUCAUUUUAACUAUAGUUUUAAAUUUAUUAUCAUUGGAAAAAAAAUUGUACAUUUUAUAGUGUUGUAAGUAUUUAUAGAAUGUUUAAGACGUGUUUUUUAGUUACAAAAAUAAAAUCUAGAUCUUAUAGUUUUAGAUAGUAUUUUAUAAUUAAUCAAACCACUUCAAAUUUCAUACAUAUUUCAAGCAUAUAUCACAGUGAUUCAACAACAAUCACAUCAAAUUCUCAAAUUCAUCUAAAUUCUCAUAAUUAAUCAAACCACUUCAAAUUUCAAAUUAAAUACACUCCUCCUGAUAUUUAUUUCAAAGCUAAUGAUUUAAAACUUCUACUUCAUCAGAGGUUUACUUUACAUACUUUCUUAAUUCUUAAGAAGAGAAAUACAUUCGUACCCUGGAGUUGCGCAAAAAAAAAAGAAGAGAAAUACAUAUAAUAUAUGCCUCUAAUUUUUAUAUUAUAUUAUAUGUAUUUCUCUUCUUUUUUUUUUUUUUGCCUCUAAUUAUAUAUAUUAUAUAAUAUAAUAUAUGCCUCUAAUUUAGGCAUUUUCUAUGGCAGUUGUUGACAGGUUGUAUAGCAGUGACCAAAAAUUUAAAAUCACGUGGAAUACAAGGAGAUACAAGAUGUGCAAGGUGUGGUGAUCCGGAGGAAUCAAUAAAUCAUGUGUUUUUUGAAUGUCCUCCGGCACGACAAGUGUGGGCACUAUCUAAGAUUCCAUCGAACCCAAAUAUUUUCCCUUUGGGCUCGAUAUUUGCUAAUAUGGAUCAUCUGUUUUGGAGAGUUAAUCCAAAAAUGGAGGAUCAUCAGUUUGCAUGGAUUCUAUGGUACAUUUGGAAGGGUCGGAAUAAUAAAGUUUUUAGUAAUAUUGAUGUUGACCCGAGAGAAACGCUAAACUUAGCUGAAUUGGAAUCAACACUUUGGGUGGAGGCACAAAUUGUUAAUGAUUCCAGGAUGGCCCCUGAAGCGCAGUUCAGAGUUAACUCACAGACUACAGGAAGAUGGUGUUUCAUUGACGGUUCUUGGAAAGACAAGGAUUAUUUCUCAGGACAAGGCUGGUUCAGCACGCUUCCGGAGUUUGAGGGUUUGUUAGGGGCAAGAAAUGUAAGGGCAAGUCUUUCACCUCUUCAUGCGGAGUUGGAGGCUCUAAUUUGGGCAAUGGAGUGUAUGAAGAACUUACGACAGUACCGGGUCACGUUUGCAACGGAUUGUUCUCAAUUGGUGAAGAUGGUUUCGGAACCAGAAGAAUGGCCGGCAUUUGAAAGCUACCUGGAUGACAUUAAGUUUUUGAGAAGAAGCUUUACCAACUCAGAGAUUGUUCAUGUUCCAAGGACGGAAAACAUAAAGGCGGAUCGCUUGGCACGUAAUGCUCGGACACAACCGUCUUUCGUCGUACACAUGGAUGCGGAGUUACCACAUUGGUUUACAGAGUCUAUAUGAGUCUGUAAAUUUUCUUGUUGUCAAAAAAAAAUAUGCCUCUAAUUUACUUUCCUUAUGUUUAAGACCAUAAGCUAUUACACAAUAUUGUAUAAGUACACCUUAUUCAAAAUAAUUUUGAAAGUUAUUACAUUUAAAGUAUAAAAAUCGGUAAAAUCUGAAACUAAUUUAUUUUAAAAAAUUAUUCCUUCAAAUAGAGAGGAUCCCCCCUAAAACAUUGAAACAAUUAAUAAUAAACUAUAUAUGUAUCAACAUGGAGAUGGAGCUUUUCCUUAAAUGAAAGAGUAUCACGGUUUGACACAAGUUAACAAAUGACUAAUUAUCAAACACGCUUUUACAUAAAAGAUUCCACGCUUUUGUAAAAUGUCUUUCUAAUAGUGUCUUACAGAAUAUUAUCAAAAUUUCACAAGUCACUGAAAAAACAAAUCAAGCAAUUAAUGGUAAUUUUGGUGUUAAGUCCGUGUCAUACUGAAAUCUAGUAAAAUAAAUCUACUUCCUCCGUUUUAUGUUGAUAGAUUUUUUAAAAACUUUCACACAUAUUAAAAAAUGAUUAAUGUAUAGUAAUAAAUAUCUUGAUUUAAAUGUAAAAACAACUUCCUAUACAUUUAAACUAAUAGUUUUACUAAUAGUUUUAAUCAAAACUAUUUAAAUUUAGCAAAGAAAUUUACUUAUUAAAUAUGCAUAGAAAACUUUAAAAUUUUAUUUUUUGUGAAAAAAAUAUUUUUGUGGAAGAUAUUUUUUUAUUUGGGUGGAUACGAAUUGGCGAAUGUUGCUGCUCGGUGCAUGAGCUUCACCUGUAUGUUGUAACGUCUUUAUCUCUUACCCACAUAAAAGCAAGACGGACAAAUUAAAUAUGUACACAUAUAAUUCAUUAUAAAUAUACAAACAUAUAUGUGCAGGAACAUUGAAAGCCAAGAUUUAGAGGAAGAAAAGAAGUUUCACAAAAGUUAUAGUAAGGAUCAUCGGAAUGUUUAUGACCGGAGUGGUGAUGAUGGUGCUCUUGGCGGUUGUUCCUGCCGUUCUUCCGCCACUACCGCCGCCGCCGAUGAUUCUGAUGGGAAUUCCGGUGGUGCUGAUGCUAAUGCUUGUUUACUUAGCCAUCUAUUAUCCUCCUCUCUCUUCUUCUUCCUUUGACACUACCUCUAGUCAAGUAAUGUGAUUGUCAGACAACGAUAGAAAUGACACAAGCAUGUAAAAUGCGUCUUCGUCUAAUGGGUUUUAAUUUCUUGUUCCAUUUGAUGAAAUAUGUGAAUCAAUGCAGUUUCAUUUGAUGGUUUUCUUGUUUUAAUGUUUUAUUUCAUUGUCUUUUUCUUUGGGAAUUUGAAUUGAAUACGGGUCACUGUAAAAAGUUUCAAGUGUAAUUUAUAAUC